AUGAAAGAUCUAUCAAGGUGUUGGGAAAACUUAGCACUAACAGAGAAAGAGGGUCUGAAGUUUAGUUUGCCCGAGUCAGAAGUAGCUGAAGGAUUUGUUGUUGCAGCUAAGUUCUUCACAAAGAGGAAAAUCAAUUUAGAAGCGGUGGCAAGAAUGCUUAGGUCGUUUUGGAAAGCAGAGCGGGGUUUUGAAAUUAGGGAUUUGGGGGAAAAUAAAGCUCUAUUCAUUUUCAACGAUGAAAUAGACAUGGAUAGAGUGUUGAUGCUCAGUCCAUGGACAUUUGACAAGUACCUAGUAGCUCUACACAAGCUAGAAACUGAUGAACAGGUGAAGACAGUGAAUUUCAACAAGGCAAGUUUUUGGGUGCAGAUCCACGACCUCCCUCCUAGGAGAAUGACAAAGGAUGUUGGUGUAUCUAUAGGAAAAACAUUGGGAGAGGUUGAGGAUGUGGAUAUGGGAGAAGGGAAGGCUCUGGGAAGAUGUAUUAGAUUCAGGGUCAAAUUAGAUCUUUCUCAGCCGCUGUGUCAUGGAAGAUUGGUGAGUUUUGGGAGCCAAGAAUCCCUUUGGGUUAAUUUCAUGUAUGAAAGGUUGCCCAUUUUUUGUUAUUGGUGUGGCAAACUGAAUCAUGAUGACAAGGAUUAUGUUUUUGGAUCAAUAGUAAAGGAAGCCUGA